UGCCGGAUGAUGACUUAUGUCCUCGUGAGUGAUUGGACAGCGGCAAAAUUUAUAAACGAGCACAAGACGAGUUGAGUCUGUUUUCAAGUUUCAAAGAAGAGUGAAUCAAAGCUAGCCUUAUUUGGACAAGUCAUGAGCGGAUGUCCUUACUUUGAGAAGAGUCAUUUGUUGUUUAAAAAGCCCGAAAAAGAAGAAGAUGCCUCUCAAGCAGGCGUCAACCGAGCCAGUAAAGGCGGUAUCAUCUAUGGAGACUACCUCAAGCUGGAUAAAAUAAUGACGGCCCAGGUACUGCAGAGUGAAGUGAAGGGUAAUAAGAUUCACGAUGAGCACCUGUUCAUUGUCACCCAUCAAGCCUACGAACUGUGGUUCAAACAGAUCUUGUUUGAACUGGAUUCCGUCCGUGAGAUCUUCAUUAGCGGACACGUGCGAGAUGAACGCAACAUGCUUAAAGUCAACACUCGCACCCACCGAAUCGUGAUGAUCUUCAGACUGCUGGUGGACCAGUUUGCCGUGCUGGAGACCAUGACAGCCUUGGACUUUUUUGACUUUAGGGAUUAUCUGUCUCCGGCCUCCGGCUUCCAAAGCCUUCAGUUCCGGCUCCUGGAGAACAAAAUCGGGGUUCCUGACAACCUGAGGGUGCCGUACAACAGGCAGCACUAUCGGGAUAUCUUCAAGGGUCAAGACAGCGAGACACUGCUCACCACCGAAAGGGAGCCGACGCUCUUAAAACUGGUGGAGGAGUGGCUGGAGAGAACUCCUGGCCUGGAAGUGGAUGGCUUCAACUUCUGGGGAAGGCUGGAGGCCAACAUAUUUGAUGGGCUCCAUAAGGAGGAAAAGGAUAUUGCGAAAAUGGCCGACUGUGAGGACAAAGAGGAGCUGAUGGCCGAGCUGCUCAAACGGAAGGAGCUCUUCACAUCGUUGUUUGACGUCAAGCGUCACGAGCACCUUCUGAGCAAAGGUGAGAGGCGGCUGUCCUACAAAGCUCUGCAAGGUGCUCUCAUGAUCUACUUCUACAGGGAGGAGCCGAGGUUCCAGGUUCCAUUCCAGCUGCUCACUUCCCUCAUGGACAUCGACACGCUCAUGACCAAAUGGCGAUAUAAUCAUGUAUGCAUGGUGCACCGUAUGAUUGGCAGCAAGGCUGGCACUGGGGGGUCGUCUGGCUACCACUACCUGAGAUCCACUGUCAGUGAUCGCUACAAGGUCUUCGUGGACCUCUUCAACUUGGCCACCUUCCUAGUGCCUCGCCACUGGGUGCCCAAGCUGAACCCCAACGUCCACACCUUCCUCUACACGGCCGAGUGCUGCGAUAGCUCCUACUGCAGCAGCGAGGACUCCGACUAGCCUGUCUUUAGCCAACAAAUCUGACUUUUUUUUCUACACACUAACGGCAUUGUUGUCCAUGUCAACACGCCAUGGUCCCACCACGCACUGAUGGGAACUCACCGUCCUCCAAAACCUCCUAAAUACAAUGUGGCUAUCCUGAGAGGAUGUAAAUACAAUUAUUAUCACUAAUAAUGAUGCUCAGCAUCUAAAACUAUUAAAUAUAAAAAAUAUUAGUGUACAUAAUGUUGAUAAUUAUCAGCCACAACUUUAGAUAAAAUGAAAUCAAACAAUGUGUUUAUUAUGGAGUAAAAAAAACCCAACAAUAUUCUAAUUGGACGUGGAGGUGUACCUAAUGUUGUGGCCGGUGAGUGUAGCUGCUAUAUACAGGUGUUUUAAUUUAAUUUUUUUAAUAUAGUGUAUGUAUUUAUGCAGCGAUCUCUGUAAUCUUUGUGUACAUUCAUUAAUAACCUUUUUCCUAUUUAAAUAUACAUAUUUGUUGUACAUAGCAUGUGUUAGUGUUAUGACAGUUAUGGAGUGUUUGGGUGCGUUAUUAAUGGCCUCAUUAAAAUACAGCAUUUAUGUC